AGCCCCCACCAUGAGCAGCCUGGAUGCCAUCCGGGAGGGCUACGCACGCUUCGACCCCCGCGCGUACCUGCAGAACAACUACGUGCCCCCCCGCGCCGACUUCUCCUCCGAGCAGUGCGUGGUGCCCUGGAAGCUGCGAUGUUUGGCCGAGACCUUCGCCAGCGGUGAGGUCUGUGGGCGCACGCUCAUCGACGUGGGCUCGGGUCCCACCAUCUACCAACUGCUGAGCGCCUGCGAUCACUUUGAGGAGGUGGUGGCCACCGAUUUCCUGGAGGUGAACCGGGAGGAGCUGCAGCGUUGGGUGCGGGGUGAGCCCGGAGCCUUUGAUUGGAGCCCCUUCAUACAGCACGUCUGCAAGAUCGAGGGGCGCGGGGAGCCCUGGCAGGAGAAGGAGCGGCGGUUGCGGGGCCGCCUGCGGCGCAUCCUCCCCAUCGACGUGCACUGUGCAGACCCACUGGGCGCCCCACUGCGCCCUCCGGCCGACGCUCUGCUCUCCACCUUCUGCCUGGAGGCCGUCAGCCCCGACCGCGCAGCCUUCGGCCGAGCGCUGCUGAAUGUGGGCUCCAUGCUGCGCCCGGGGGGCCACGCGCUGCUGCUGGGGGCUCUGGGGGAGUCCUUCUACCUGGCGGGUGCUGCACGGCUGCCCGUGGUGCCGCUGGAUGAGGACGACGUCCGCGGGGCUCUGAGUGAUGCCGGGUUCACCAUCCGUGAUUUCCGUUCCUACGCAAUGCCCCCCGCGCUGCGCACCGCCGUGGAUGACGUCCAGGGGGUGUUCUUUGUCCAUGCACAGAAACCACUGGAAGGCUGAGCCCCCCCCCCCCAAUCCCGGCUUCCCACUCCCAAAAAGGCAGACGUUGCGCUCCCAAGUGCUGUCAUCCCAUCGCAUCCCAUAAUAAAGCCUGAGCUGAGCACGGCACGGCCUUCGGGA